CAUGAAUUGAGUGCACCCUAGCGGCUCAGAUACCAGAAGGCAAAUGAAGAGGUCCCCAGAUGAAUGUUUUUUGAAGAUCUCAUUAUUUUGAAGCCAAUCUCAUGAUUUUGGUGGGGCCCAGCUCAUGGUGUUGGAAUGCUUGGGCUGGUGAUACCAUGAAUGUUUUUCUGCACUGGUAGCACUAGAGAAUCACUUCAGGGCUGCUUCUCACUUCAGGCUGGGAGAUUCUGCCUCAGUCACAAGGCUUUUAGGAGUUCCCACAAGUAGGGAAACAAUAUCCCUUGCCUAAGGGCUUGAGAGUCAUAGAGCUCGGAAAGGACCCAGGGUUUUCCUGGGAAACCUGAUGCCCUCUCUCCUGCCUUAUGCUGAGCUCAGCCCACUUGGGCAGUUGCCCCAUCCCAUCUCCUGAUCUAAGUACAGCAUUGACACCUCACAGACUAGAGGGAGAUUGCAGGAGGCCAACCCCACUGUGACCUAGAGAUGACAUCAGCGCCUGCCUGAUGUCAGAGCAGCAACCUGCCCUCAGGUGUAGCCUGGGUACUUGUUGCUGCUUUGAGAGUGCCUGUGUUGAGAGUGUCUUAGUGCCUGAGCCCGGGGAAAUGAGUUCACUCCUCCUCUAUCUGCUCUUUGUUGUCUUUUAUGCUGUGCUGAGGCUCGCCAUAUCUGAGGCUCUUCGGAGGAAGAGGACACACCGAAAGAAAAAGCAGAAACCAAAAGCUUUUGGGUGCUGUGAGGAAGAGCUGGAGGAGGCUGGUGCAUCCCUAGAGACAUGCUGCCCUGUGCACCCGGAGAAGCUCCGCUUGGCUCAGCGCCUCAGGCUGGUUGAGAGGAAUCUACAGUACGUGGCCAGACACCGGGAUGAAGUUCUGAUACCGCCGAGUGUGUCGACAUCUGCCACGAGCCAGUUCUCCUACUCCUCUAGGGAAUCCACCACCUCUCCCCUCUGGAGUCCCAGCUCCUUUUCCCUGAGAGAAGCCGCCAUGAUUCAAUCAGAGCCCCUCUGCCACACGGGGGAGAUCAUGCCUGUCGGGGGCUGGGAAGGAUCCGCUCAUCCCAUCCAAGCCCAGCCUCUCCCCAGGCCUCCUGCCCACAGCAGACGAGACCGGCGAGAGCAGACCAUGGGUCUGGACCAGACGUCAAUCCGUGGCUUAGACUUCAACAUCCGCCAGAAGCAUCUGCAGAGUCAAUUGGGGGCUCCUACCCCAUACACAGCGUCUCUGGCCAAGAUGAUCCCUAACGUCCCUGCUCUGCACCCACCGGACAGAGACCCCAGGGUGAAGUUCAACAUGAGCAGGGUCCCUUUCCUAAGCUGUGAAGUCCUGGAGGAACUGGACUGUCACGUGCACACAAAGAGACUCCAGCAUGAGCAGGGCUUACCCCUCAGCCCCCAGAAACCCCACACAGCUCUUCUGCCUCCAGCUCCACAAACCCCCAUCCCGGGGGAGCCAUUGCUGGGUGAGCGGGACACCAAGCAGCAAUUGAUAUUAGACACAGAUCGGCCCAAAUGUGGAUUUCCAGCAAAGGUCCCGGAGCCCCUCAGAUCCAACACCAGCCCUCAGCGUGCACAGGCGAUCCAGGAGCCAUGUGUCUGCCCCUCUGGACCCCUGCCUCAAAAGGCCCACAGGAUCAUGGCAUCCCCUGAUGCCAUCCUGGCCAGGCUUGUGCCCACGGUGGUGGUCAAGCUGCAGGAACACAUUGCUCAGAAAUGCUCAGAGAUCCAAAUGGAGGCAUUCCCAAAGAUGGUGAGAGAGUCGCACAGAGAUGCUCCCCUCGUGAGAGAGACGGCAAUAGCAGAGAAGACGCUCACAGCCACACUCCACCUCUAUAGGAGCGAGUUGAGAAAGCCCCUUACCAGUGUGAGAGGCACCAAAGGGACUGAAGAGAAGCUAGAGCUGCACAUGGGGAGGAAGUUUCUCUUGGGAAAAGGCUCUUGUCUGGGGCCAGGGGCACAGGCAGGUGAGGGCAGGGCAGAUCAUCCCAGGCCCCAAAGCCACCAGGUUGCCCCAGAGGCCCCAGGCUCUGAGCAGCUAACAAGAUCCACCCUUGACUCUCUCAUUGCUGGGCAGGCUGCACACGACCUGCAGCUGAAGCACCUGAUGGAAAUGUUGAGCAGCUCCCGCCCCUUGGCGGGCCAGGUCUCAGUCUGCCAGCAGUGCCAUAAGACAUAUCCAGGAAAGAUGAAGGGUAAGAAAACUCAGGAGGAGACAUCUGCUGAGCUGCAUGGUCUUCGAGACGACAUGGAUCCACAUGGGCUCGAUGGAACUGUGAAUUCGCAGCUCUUCAGGGAUCAGCUGCCAAUUAGUGUCUGCAAGAUGUGCAGUAAGCUUCGACGGAAGAGACCAGCUAGCUCUGCAGGUGCUGACUUGCCCAGAAGAUCCCAUGGAAUCCCACAGCGAUGGACUCCAGGAGACUCCUCAGCAUCAUCCAACCACAAAAAGAUUCCAGUGGUGUGGCUCCUUCCAGCAGACAGGAGAAAGAUGCAGGAUGGAAUGGGGAAAACGGCUCCCAGAAAGCAACCAAAGAUGGUGUCCAUUGCUACAAGUACAACAGGGCUUUCGCAAGCUGGGGAGAAAACAACUGGGAGUCCUGACGGUUCUCCCCCAAAGUCACCAAAGGCCUCUAGAGCUAGGACAUCAUCCCCUUCAAGAAGCAAAGUUACAAUUCUCAAACGGAUGUUAAUGUGCCUCAAGAAAACCUGCAAUAAGCUUCAGAACAAAGUGAAGUCCCAAAUGUCCAAGGACUCUCGGUCAAGAACACCUGAUGCUAAAUUUACAAAGCCACCCCUUGGGAAGGCAAGGGCCUCCAAGGGUGUCUGGUAGUAGUAUAAGGGCCCUACCAUCAAUAAAACACUAACCCCUCCCCUUGACCCCUCCAAACCCGCUCCUUGACCCCUUAAGCCCCAACCACCUGUCACUGGAAGUCCCACCCAUGGCGGACACAUGACCGGAAGCAAAGUGUGUCAUGUGACCCCUCUAAGAACUCCUCCCACUGCCCUCUACCAAUCAGGAUGGGUUUCGCCCCCGUAGGCCCGCCUCAAGAGGAGAUUUGACCAAUCGGGGUGUUCCGGGCCGGGGUGACCCGUCCAGAAGUGGUUCGUGUGACCCCUCUAAGAACUUCUCCCACUGCCCUCUACCAAUCGUGAUGAGUUUUGGCUGCAUAGGACAGCCCUGAGAGCAGGUUUGACCAAUCGGGGGGUUCCAGGGCGGGGUGACCCCCCCCAGGAGCGGGUCCUGUGACCCCUCUAAGAACUCCUUCCAGUGCCCUCUGCAGUCAGAGUGCAGUACCAUCACCCUGUAAGUCCCAGCACCGAGGCAGAAGAGGCCCUCUUUUACCCAGAACACGUGCUCUGGAGAUCAUGGAGACAUGGACUCCUUCACCACCCCCGUGAGAACGUCAGACUUUGUUUUAGCCCCGAGGCCUUUGGACUUGUGUGGGAAAAGCGCUACAU